GGCGCUAAUUGCGCAUGCGCAAUGAGAUGAAUGGCCGCUGCACCUGACGGGCCACCAGGAAGUGUGGCGGACAAAUCCUCGGCCGUUAAUCCCCGAUCGACACUGACAGUAGCAUGUUCAGCGGGCUGCACCACUCAGAGUGACCGUCAGCAGCGUCUUCGCUCCGGGCUCGGCCUCCGGGAUCGCGCCGCUGACUGUCCGUCUCCUCCCUCCCGCCUGCCGGGCUUCAGACCCCACUGCUGCCGAGCUGAAGCUCCGUGAAGCUCCGUGAAGCUCCGUGAGGUCCGGGCACAGUCACCCUGACUGCAAUGGGAUGCUGCGGUAGCACGGAGAGGACAAAGAGAGAAUGGAGACCGCUGGAGGACCGGAGCUCCACAGACCUGCCCUGGUUCCUGCUCUUCAUCGUCUUCUGCGUUGGCAUGGGCAGCAUCUGUGGAUUCACUGUUGCCACCGGCGGCGCCGCACGUCUCGUAUACGGAUAUGAUAGCUAUGGCAACACCUGUGGUCAACGCAACGAGCAGAUCGAAGGGGUCCGGCUCAGUGGGCUCGACCACACGGACAGAAAGUUUGUGUUCUUCUUGGACCCGUGUAACAUCGACAUCGUUCAGAGGAAAAUCAAAUCUGUGGCUCUGUGUGUGUCUCUGUGCCCCCCUGAAACCAUGAACACCUACCAGGACCUGCAGAGGUUCGCCAUGAUUAACGGUUCGGAGUUGUGUUCUUACGAGUUAGCGGGUCAUAAAUAUCCAGGUCUGCCUGAGAGGUUCUCCAAAUGUCCCAAACUUCCUGUUCCCCCCAGUAAGCCCCUCCCGGUGUUUAACCGCUGCACGCCGCUGGAUGUUUCGUGUUAUGCGAAGUUUGCGGAGGCCGUGGUGACGUUUGUGGGCGAUAACAGCGUCCUGCACCGCCUGAUCGCCGGCGUCGCCAGCAGCAAAGAGAUCAUCAUCGGACUGUGUGUGCUGGCUCUAGUCCUCUCUAUGAUCCUCAUGGUGAUCAUUCGCUACAUCUCCGCCGUCCUCGUCUGGAUCCUCACCGCGCUGGUCGUCCUUGGAUCCCUCGGGGGGACCAGCGUUCUCUGGUGGCUGUACAUCGAUCACCGGCUGUAUGGGAACGACACCUCCCCUAAAGUGGUGAAGGAGGAGGAGGAGGAGGAGGUCAGGCAGGACGUUGGGCAGGCGCUGCUCGUCUAUGCUGCCGCUGCCACCGUCUUCACCAUCAUCCUCUUCCUGUUGAUGCUCUUCAUGAGGAGGCGUGUCUCUCUGACCAUCGCUCUGUUUCACGUGGCAGGGAAAGUCUUCCUGCACCUUCCCCUCCUCACCCUGCAGCCCUUCGUCACCUUCCUGGCUCUCCUGCUGUUCUGGAUGUACUGGGUCCUGGUUCUGCUCUUCCUUGGGACCACUGGUAACCCAGUGCAGAAUGAGGAGACAGGUCUGACUGAGUUCAGACUGACCGGUCCUCUGCAGUACCUGACCUGGUACCACGCCGUGGGUCUGAUCUGGAUCACUGAGUUCAUCCUGGCCUGUCAGCAGAUGACUGUGGCCGGUGCCGUGGUCACAUACUACUUCACCAGGGACAAGAACCGUCUCCCGCUGACCCCCAUCCUGUCCUCCGUCCUGAGGCUGGUCAGGUAUCACCUGGGCACUGUCGCCAAAGGAUCCUUUAUAAUUACACUGGUCAAGAUCCCCCGACUCAUCCUCAUGUACAUACACAACCAGCUCAAAGGAAAGGAGAAUGCGUGUGCUCGCUGCCUGCUGAAAACUUGUAUCUGCUGUCUGUGGUGUUUGGAGAAGUGCCUCAACUAUCUCAAUCAGAAUGCAUAUGCAGCCACAGCCAUCAACAGCACCAGUUUCUGCACGUCUGCUCGUGACGCCUUCGUGAUUCUGGUGGAGAACGCUCUGCGCGUCGCUACAAUCAACGCCAUCGGAGACUUCGUGCUCUUCCUGGGGAAGAUCCUGAUUGUGACGUCAACAGCGUUCGCCGGCGUCCUCCUCCUCAACUACCAGCGGGAUUACGCUGAGUGGCUGCUGCCUCUGAUCAUCGUGUGUCUCUUCUCCUUCCUCGUGGCUCACUGCUUCCUGUCCAUCUUUGAGAUCGUGGUGGACGUCCUCUUCCUGUGCUUCGCCAUCGACACCAAGUACAACGACGGGACUCCGGGGAAGGAGUUCUUCAUGGACAAAGCUCUGAUGGAGUUUGUAGAAAACAGCCGGCGGUUGGAGCGAGCGGUGGAACGUGGGCGGAGCCGGGUUAAGGAAGCAGUGUCUGAGAGGGCGGAGAUGAAGCCCAUGGUGAGUGACAGCAGUGAUGAAGGGGGCGUGGCCAGGCAGAAGAGCUCGUCAGAGGAGGAGGGAGUGGGGCUUGAUGUGGGUGGAGGGGAGUGGGAGGAGCUUCAGGAGUUCCAGGUGUACUACCUGCUGGUGGGGGUGCUGGUGGACUGGGUGCUGACAGAGCAAAGCGACUUCAUCCUCUGUCUCAGUGAGGACGUCGUCCUCUUCCUCUGCGUCUACCUACCCACCUCCACCCUCUUCCUUUUCGUCAGCAUGCUGCACACGCCAAGCCUCGCCCCCUCCAGCAAUAAAUCAGCCGUCAUCACUGCCAAGAGCUAACGGACAUGUGCUAACUCCAACACCAUAUGCAUGCUAACAAACAUGCUAACGGACAAGAACUAACAAACACACAGAUUGUCUUAAGCUGAUUGGAAGAACACUAACGCAUGCUAACCUGCCUCAUUCUUCAUCAUCAUCAUCAUCAUCAUCAUCCUCAUCCCUGCUGCUUCUUCUUUAACAUCUGGAACCACUUAUAGACUUUCUGUUCGUUUUAAUUUAUUUUUUUUACUUUUAUAUUUAAACUUAUUUUUAAAAGAAUUUAUGUUGCAGCUGUUUGUGUUUUUGUGUUUGGCCUUAUUUUGUCACCGUCGUGCUUUACGGACUCAGCAGAUGAUGCAGCUCCUCAUGUGUUUACAUUUCUAAUAUCGUCUCUGGGUCUGGUUCAUUAAGCUUUACGGUUUUCAGAUUUAUUCAGUGUUGUUAGUUAUACUUCAAGAACCGGUGUAUCUCCUGCUCAAAGAGUUUAAUUUAAUGUCUAAAUAAUAAAUAAAAAAAAUCAUCUGCUGGGUCCAAACCUUUUGCACAGAUGUUCAAACAUGAACUGCUGUGAUUCAUGCUGUGAGUCAUGUUCAGACCAGACAUCAAGGAGACAAUUAAUGUUUGGGUUUCAGUAUUUUUAGACUCAGUCCAUCUUAACCUAAACACAAAAUAAUCCACACCAUCAUGCCAUGUGAACUUUGUUACGCCCUGAAACAAAGCUGCUUUGUCCAUCUACUACAGCGUCUCCUUUUACAAAGGUAUUACGUUUUUCAUUCAAUCAGCUGUCAGUCACAGAUGAGGUAAAUAUCAGUCUGACAGGUGUGCUCCUUCGAUGGGGUUCAGGUGAGAGUGUAGAUGUUUGUUUCAAACAUUCAGUAUAGUCACAGGUCAAACCUUUGUCUAAAUGUUCAUGGGAUGUUGACAUGAAGGAGACGGUACAGCUGAGGUAACCCCUGCAGACAAAGUGAUCCAGAAAUCUACAGAAAAAUCCAACAUUUGAAUAACUUCUGCUGAAAAAUAAACUAGUAACUUAUUUUUCAGCUUCCCUUCAUGAAACAACAUUAAACAACUACAAAGAGACCAAAUAAACUACAAAACAACUUCAAAAAUACACAAAAGUCAAGUUAACUUUAUUUAUAUAGCACAUUUAUAACAGCCGAGGCGGACCAAAGUGCUGUAUAGUAAAUCAGGCAAAAUACAUUACAUCCAAAACAUCAUAAAGACACAAAACAAUAGUAAAAGUUCUAGUAGACACUGCUGCUGGGAUAAAACACUCAACUAGAGGUAAAAGCCAAUGAAAAGAAAUGGGUUAUUAAAAAUGACUUAGACUGCUCAGUUGUGGCAGCAGAUCUUAUAUUAAAUGGUAAUUUAUUCCAAAGUGUCGGAGCUGCAACAGAAAAGACACAAGACAAAAACAUGGGUUAAAAAAUGACCAAGAAAAAGACACAAUUACCUCAAAGAAAAAACUAUCACAGAAGAUACAGAAAAACAUUCCCUUGAAAAAAAAAAAAGGCUAACAACCACACAGACACAAAUAACAAAGACGUCCUUGUGUGACGGAAAAUAAAACUUGUAAGUAAAAAAAUAAAAAUAAAUAAAUAUUACAGUUUCUGCUUGUUCUGGGUCUGGACUCAUGACCUACGUCUUUUUUUUUAUUUUUUAUCAUGCUUCAACCACUGGUCUUGACUACCCAUGAUGCUUCGAUCUCACCUUCAUUAUCCUCAUUAACCGCGUCCCCAUCACCUUCCUGUAUGUUGACCUCUAUGAGAACAAUGAAAGGUUUAACCUUUGGACUCGUUUCCUAUUUCAGGCUCCGGGGACAAGCUCAGCUUGACGUAAAUCAGCCAAUGGGACUUCUUUAAAAACAGAGACAUUCCAGAAGUUUAUUUUUACCAACGUGUAACAUGUUUACUAUGGUUUCACUCCAGGGAAAACGAUAUUUUAAUAACAAACUGUACAAACUAUGUAACAAUGUAAUGAAGCACUUUAUAUUGAAGCGCUGCAGAUUUUAAACCGCCUGAUGCAUUUUUUUUGUAGUGAUGUCGUUUUUUAUAAAAUCCACUUAUCGCCCG